GGUUUGUGGUCAAUGGCCGCAUGUAUUGUUAAUUUGUUUACGUUUAGAUUGUUAUAAAUUUGCUGAAAUACUAUAUUCAUGAUUAAAUGAAUUGCUUAAAUAAACGUAAAUUUAUUCUAAUCAUUAAGUUAAAUGCUUAUGGUGUAAGGAGCUAUACAUAAAUUCGACAAUGUGAAGUGCAUUUGUUUGUCAAUAAUGUAAUUUGUUUUAAGAUCGGAUUAUCGGGUAAUUGGUCGGUGUAUUAAAAUUGUGACUACUGUAUAUAUAAUAAAAUGACGAGUUUCCAAGUGUCCGAUUUAGUGGCGGGGCUGAAGUCACGUCAUGCCGAGACAAGACAUAAGGCCAUUCGAGAAUUGUUACACUUUACCAAAACAGACCUUCGGGAGAUGUCCCAGGAGGCUUUAACUCAAGUACUUGAUGACUUCAACCAACAAAUACAUGCGCUUACCUCCAGCUACGACAACAACGAAAAGAAAGCAGGAAUCCUAACCAUAGUCUGUUUAAUUGGUGGGGACACUGAAACAACAAAAUCUAGAAAUAUUCGCUAUGCAUACUACCUCAGAAAUGUCUUCCCAACAACUGAUCUAAAUGUCUUGGAACUGGGAGCUAAGACUAUGGGUAGACUUGCAAUCACUCUUGGUAUAAAGAGAGGGGAGUAUGUGGAGUCUGAACUGAAGAGGGCUUACGAGUGGCUAGCAGAAGAAAGAAAUGAAGGGAAAAGACUUUCGGCUGUGAUGAUUCUAAGAGAGUUGGCAAUCUCUAUGCCAUCUUACUUCUUUCAGCAUGUCAAUGGCUUCUUUAACUACAUCAUGAUACCCUUACGGGAUCCUAAGGAACAAAUCAGGGACGCAGCAGCAAAGGCACUGAGAGCAGCCUUAGUAGUAACUUCUCAAAGAGAGAUACCCGAGCAAAGUAACAAAGCUCAUUGGUACAUACAGUGCUAUGAGCAGUCCAUGUUAUCAUUUGCUGAGCAGCCAGGAAGAGAGAGAGGAUUAAGUAGAGAUGACCAUGUUCAUGGAGCGCUGUUAAUAUUAAAUGAACUACUGAGAUGUUCCAAUGCCACAUGGGAGAAGAAAUACACAUCACUAAUGCAGAAACUUGAUUCAGAGCAAGACCCAUCUGAUGAUAUGACUUCAUUGGGUUCAAAAGUACAAAGUUCCUGGACAGCCCAAAACUUUCCUGAUGAGAAAAAUCAAAAUACUCUUGUUUAUGAAUCAAGCAUUUGUAAAAAACUGAUUGCAGAACAUUAUGAGAAGAUAUGUUUAGAUGUGAUGGCCCAACAAAUAUCAAGAGCACAUAAUGUUCAUCAAAUGCUUCUACUAAUGAUACCAAGACUAGCUGCAUUCAACAGAGAAGCAUAUGCUAAGAGGCACCUCAAGUCCACUAUAAACCAUUUAAUAACUUUCUUACGUGGAAGAGAAAAAGAGAAAGCCAUGGCAUUCACCACAUUAGGCCUUAUUUGUGUAGCAGUAGAGUCAGAUGUUCAACAGUAUUUGGGUAGAAUAAUAGAGAUUAUAAAAUUAACUUUACCACUUAAAGAUACUCCAAAAAAGCGCAAUGGGUCUGACACGCCAUUAUUUAAUUGUGUUACGUUAUUAGGGUUUGCUAUGAAAGAAGAUGUCGCCAAUGAAGUUAAAGAGCUGCUGGACCCAAUGUGCGCAACAGGCUUAAGUUCACAACUCACUACAUGUUUCAAAGAACUCAGCCAAAAUCUACCAUCUCUAAAGAAGGAAAUCACCGAUAGACUUCUCAACAUGUUGUCAUUGAUAUUACGAAAGAAGCCAUAUGCUCCAAAUAAUGGAGAAAAUCAAAUAGUUCAAAUGUUUACGACAGCAAUGUUGGUGGAGCCGCAUGACGCUUCCAAAUUAGUUCUAGCGUUACGCACGCUGGGCUCGUUUGACUUCGAAUGGAACAAUACCUGA